AUGUCGGACGCUGCAGUGCUCCAGCCCGUCCCGCUGACCCCCUCUGCAGGGGAGGGUCUGUGCGCCUCCGCAGCUGCUGCGGGCGCUGCAGCAGGAGCAGCAGCAGCAGCAGCAGCAGCGCGGGGCUGCUGCGCGGCGUGCCCGCAGCACGGCGUGCUGCUCUCGCGGCAGCAGCUGGAGGCCUCCGCCGCAGCCAACGCCAGCAGCAAACUGGUGGCCUACCAGGGCCUCGUCCUCGAUGUCUUGGGCUUCAUGCAUCCCGGAGGAAAUGAUUUGCUGCAGCCUUUUUUCGGCAAAGACAUCACUGAGGCCUUCGACGACGUGGGCCACAGCAGCAGAGCGCUGCAGCAGCUGCGGGGCCUCGCCGUGGGCAUUCUGGAGGAGCAGCGGGAGCGCUACAUAGCCUGGGCGGGCGCGGGGUGCCUCUGCAGCAGCAGCAGCAGCAGCAGCAGCAAGGCCAGCAGCAAGAAGAAGCCCGCGAAGCCUGCUGCUGCUGCUGCAGCGCACGACUCCACCACCGACAACGAGUCCGAGACCUCCCUGGGCAGCGAGGGCAGCAGCAGCAAGACGGGGGGGGCCCCCCAGGGGGGGCCCCCCUCUCCAGAGUCUUUAAUAGACUUUUCCAAACCUCUCGUGCCUCAAAUCUAUUUCAUGAGACAUGACCUUUACAAGCACUGUUCCCAGACUCCCCACUGCACCGACAAGGUCUACACUUUGCUGCCCUGGCCCCAGCUGGAGCCGCUGACGAAGACGCGCUGGUGGCAGGUGCUGCUGCUGUGGGGCCCCGUGUGCGGCUACCUGGCCUACUGCUCCUUCAAGACCCACCCCUUGCCGUGGAGCGUUGGAAUGCUUUUUUUUGGACUUUUCGUUUGGACUUUUGUGGAGUAUUGCAUGCACAGAUUUUUAUUUCAUUUUCCCGAAGACAAGCUGCCGGACAGCGGCGCCGUGCGCGUGGUGCACUUCCUGCUGCACUCCAUCCACCACAUGCUCCCCAUGGACCCUCUGCGGCUGGUGAUGCCUCCGGUGCUGCUGCUGCUGCUGUCGCUGCCAGUGUUCUUCUUGUUUUGCGCAAUAUUCCCCCAGUGGUUCGUGUGGGGCGCGUGGCCAGGGGGCCUCUGUGGGUACUUGUGUUAUGAUUUAAUUCACUACCAAACUCACCACUGCAGCAUAGCGGACAAAGUGCCUUACAUAAACACUUUGAGGGUUUACCACAUGAAGCACCACUUCAAAUACCCUGAUUUAGGGUUUGGCGUCACCAGCAAGUUCUGGGACAUCGUCUUCGGCACCCCCAUCGACGACAAAAAGAAAACGCCCUCCGAGUGA